AUGCCAAAGAAGGCCAGGUCGAAGAACUUAGCAAGGAGGAGGAAAUGUUCCGGAUCAAAAGAAGGUGGUGAACCAGCAAAAAAGAAGAAAAAAGAACCAGGUGUCCUGAAACCACCACAAAAAACGAAUCCAACCAUCCAUGAACAACCGCCGCUCGAAGAGCCAAGUGACCUAGCGACAACAGCAGUACAGGAUGAUGGUGCGCCUGUCAAUGAAUUGGAAUUUGAGGAUGUUGUCUUGGGAGAUAUUCCUCCAAAGGGUCUACUUGAUAAUCCCAAUAUCAGGUGUAAGCAAAUCGAAUCCAAGAGGAUCUGCAUCGAAUAUAUUUUCAUCAAUGUUCAUCACGCUCCUCCAAGGGAGAAAUGGUCUGGCAAAAACGGAGUUUCUGCUCAAAUCAAGAAAGCUCUAGCAAUUCCUGAAGGGACUUGUAUCAAGAAAGAACUAGAAGAUAUUAUGAGUUGCCUGGAACAAGGUAUUGAGUACGACCCUUCUGUGAGGCCUGGUCGGGGUCGCCAAGCAGUGGUCAAGCGUGGCUCUGUAGUGGAGCAAACAAUUGCAAACCUGGUGGAGACUGGCUCAUCAAUUGAGGAAGCAACAAAUCUAUUGAAUGAAGAAUUGAAAGAGAAACAUGCCACCAAUGACUGCGAUUCACCUCUUGUUCUAUACAGUGUCUCGUCUGUGUACACUUGCAUAAAAAGCCUGAAGCCAAAAGUAUCAAAGAUUAAAUUACGCAGUCAAGGACGGGUAGACGAGAAUUCUCCUUGGGCAAAAGCAAGAUUGGGAUGGGCUACACAACUACUGAUAAAACUUGGUCUACUGGAGGAGGAUCCGACCAAGGAUUACUACACAAAAUCUAAACUAGAAAGUUUAGAGAUCUCACAAAUUGUCUUCUGGGAUGAAACUCAUACCAAAUGUGUCAUUGGAGCAGGUGCAGGAAGAGAUUUUGUGUUUGUAGAAGCAAGCAAGACUUGUGAGCAACAGAGGCUCCCAGGAGUAGAUAGUGAAACUCAGGUGCCAAUUCAACACAAUUGA